AAAGCCUAUGUAGAAGGGGGGUACUGUGCCACGGGAUCCGAAGACGAAGACUCUUUUCACAGUGUUGUUGUUGGAGUAAAGAGAGAGAGAGCAUCGUGUGAGGUUGGUUGAGAAGAGAGUGAUUGAUUGCUCUUUGCUCCUUCCUUCCAUGUCCAUGGUUCGCCCUUCAGUUCACCCAGUGGAAGCUCCACCUCUCACCGACCAUGCAACUCCCAUUCACACCAUGAAGGACAUCCAAGGCAUGCCCGGAACCCUCGGCGGUUUGCUCCUCCGCUUCCUUCAAUUCUCCUUCGCCCUUGUUUCCCUCUCUGUCAUGGCCACCACCUCUGAUUUCCCUUCAGUCACCGCCUUCCGCUACCUGGUUGCUGCUGUCAGCCUGCAAAGCUUGUGGAGCCUCUCUUUGGCAAUUGCUGAUAUAUAUGCCAUUUUAGUGAGACGGGGCUUCCGGAAUCCGAGAAUUGUCAGCUUAUUCUCUGUUGGUGAUGGGAUCACUUCAACACUUACAUUUUCUGCAGCCUGUGCUUCUGCUGGUAUCACAGUCCUUAUUGGCAAUGAUCUGAAUGAGUGUGCACAAAACCAUUGCAGCAGGUUUGAGACAGCGACAGCCAUGGCAUUUAUGAGUUGGUUUGCUGCUUCGCCCUCGUUUAUUUUGAAUUUCUGGACUUUGGCCUCCAAGUAAAAGCAGCAAGGAAGGGUCAUAUAGCUGAAGGUGUGGCAUAAACUGAGAACAGAUGACCCAGAUUUUUCCAAAAUGCAAAUAAUAUUCAUGUGCUUUUCUUUCUGGUCCUUUGUAAUAUUGUCAAUCUUCAAUUUAUGGCACGAGCUUGACAACUUUAGUUGAGUUAUUUGUACCCUUCCAUGUAAAUUAUGUCUACAUGGCUCAAUAUGUAUGAAGUUAGGAAGAGUGGACAAUUGUUACACAGCUGUAAUUCUAGUAUAGUUAGUUCAAUUACAUGUA